CAUGUGUUGGCUGAUAAACUCAACAGUUACUUGGUUAACCCAUCUAAGAAUAUUGAAAGUUUAUUUUCCUAUUCAUCAGUAUGUGCAAGUUUCAUUAAACUAAAUUCAACAUUACCUAGCUUUGCAGUGGUUGAGCGUCUUUUCAGUGUUGCUGGACAAAUUCUAAUUGAUAAACGCUGUAGAUUGUCUGAUGAUCAUACGAAUAAAAUGAUUUUUCGAGAGAUCAUCUUAAACACACAUUAA